UAUGUCGCCGCACAAUUAGUCUGAUACCAGCCCAUCGUUCAAAAUGUGUGAAGAGCACUAUUUCGUGAUUCAGGGAACCGUCCGAAUGAUAUUUCUUCUGUUUUGUCAGCUGUCACACUCUGCUUUUCUUGCGAAGAAUUUUCAUUUGUUGUAAGAAAAGUCUGUCAAGACACAAGAAUCAUGACGGACUCUAUGAAGUUGAUUCUUGGGGACAUCUGCUGCGGGAUGCGAGAUGCCGUUCUGGGGGCGCUCUUCAUCUUCCGCGUCGAUGCAGAGAUAAACACGCUUGCCGAGGAGAGAAAAAGGAAACGAGAGGAGAAGAUGAGGGAGUCGCAGCGGAGACCAAUUCCCAUCAAAGACAAAAAAGAGAGUGAACCCAAAGUAAUGCAUCGCAUGUUACAGUGCUGUCUGCUAAACGGCGGUAUAUUCUGGCUCAGUAUUGUUACCUUCAACAAUCUGUUGUUGCCGUUAUUACAGUACAUCACCCACAAGAUUAUUGGUAUAUCUGGUCAGUCGAUGUCCAACAGCACAGUAUGGGCGUGGAUGGGGCCCAUGAUGUCGUAUACAUUCGGCGCGCUGUGGGUUCUACCGCUGUUUGUUUUGAGUAAAGCGGUCAGUAGUCUAUGGUUCCAGGAUAUAGCUGAUGCUGCAUACCGCAAGUCACGCGGCCGCCCACAGCUCCCUAACCUGAGUGAACUGAUUGCAGAUAUGUUGUUCAGUCUCCUCAUACAAGCACUCUUCCUCAUACAGAGCAUGGUUGUAAGUCUAGUACCAAUAGCUGGAGUGGGACAAUUCCUUAGUCUGAUGCAUCUAUGUCUGCUCUACUCGCUUUAUUCAUUUGAGUACAAGUGGUUCAACAUGGGAUGGAGAGUCCAUCGACGUCUUGCCCAAAUCGAGUUCAACUGGCCCUACUUCUUUGGGUUUGGCCUACCCCUAGCUUUGCUCACCUCCUUGCCAUCCUCGUACAUCAUCCGUGGUUGUCUGUUCUCGAUUCUCUUCCCGCUGUUCAUUAUCAGCGGCAACGAGGCAGCCACCCCAACCCAACCGUGUGAUUUUCCCCUCCACGUCUUCUCCCUUGUGGUUGAGAUUGCCAACAAGAUGUUCCACAGAACGGUCCAGAGACCAUCAAAGAGUCGCUAGCCAGGGACGCCGAAGAAAUAAUACUCAGUUAUUUUGCUAACAUUGCCAAUGAAUGAUAUCAUCUGCCGAUCCGAAAGACACAUGUACGACGCGGAGUUUGAUAUCAGUUUUGGGGGUUUUUUUUCUCGAUGCACUCUUUCUUGCCCGGAUUAUAGUCUCAAGGUUUAUAACUAUUUGUAUGAACAUCGGUGAGCUUCCGCCAAGUAAAUUUACAGUCAUCUUGUGAAGGACUACAAUCACAAGGUUUGAUCUUUUGUGCCACUUUUAUGGAUCUACUUUCACAUUUCAAUUUGCUAAAUUCAUUAAAGGCAUGAUGGAUCUCUUGCUUUUCAUACAUUUUGUUGUUUACAUUAAUAACACCACUCAAUACCCAAAGAAGAUUGUUCAAAACCUAACCUGUUGAAGUUUCAUCUCAGUGGAUCAUUACACUUUUCGAGAAAACACUUAACAACCAUGCACAAACUGAAUCACAAAUCACGAUUUCGUCAUUAGAACUCUUUAUUUGAACGUUCAUACCAUUGCGUGAUUGUAAGAAAUCAACUACAUUUCUUGAUUUCUUCUAAAUUACAGCAAGUCAGCUGGAAUAAUUGUCACGGGGUGUUUAGAACAAGUACGAUCUUUAAUCCAAGUAAGCUUGUCGAUAAUAAUUUGCUAGGUUACUCUUGGGGUAAAUGCCAAUGAUUCUAUAUGCCUUUAAUUAAAAAAGACUAGAUUUUUCUCAGCAAAAAUAGGAAUAGGUUACCGUUGAAAAGAGGCAUGCAAUAUAUAUUUCUGACUGGCUCUCCGCUGUUGUUUGCUUAGCACUUAAUAUGCUUAGCAAUUAUUUCCUGGUCACCAGCUUCAUAAAACCUUCGGCCAGUUUCACAGAGCUGCUAGAAAUUUGCUAAGCGCAGAAAAUAAUUGCUUAGCCGAAAUGGGUAACCAGCCAUUAUGCAGUGCAAUAUGUAUUGCUUGUCACUGGUAUUCGGCUGAUUCUUGCUUAGCUCGUAAAUUUGCUAAGCAGAAUUUUCUGCUUAUAAUCUGUACAAUUUCCUGAUGCUGGUCAUAGAACAGCGUUCAUUAUGAGAAGUGAUAACCUAUAAGCAGGAAUACUGAUUGACUGAACCUAUUGGGUUUUGUGUUAAUUUCUCGGUCUCGUUAUUUUUUUUUCUAAAGUUUUUGGUUCUCUAGAUUCAUGAUUUUGGAAGUUUGGAUGAAUGAUUAUUAUAAUCAUGACCAUGCUUAAUACUAUGCAAUAUUCAAAACGUGUGACUUUAUUGUAAAUAUUAACUUUUAAGUGUACAUUUGUUAUCAUUCUCAGUAAAGCCUGAAUUUUCAUCAGUUUUAUUUAUCGCUAAAAUAGAAUUGAAAAAUUCUGUGAGUAGCAAUUAAAAAUGUCAGAUGUUUUACUUGUAAUUUACUGAUUUGAGUUCAAACUGGCACACACAGUAAUCAGCCAAAGACUUUUGAAAUAUAUUAUGCUGCAUGUUUUAGAGAGAUGUUGAAAAAAAGAAUGACAAGAGUUUUUUGUGUGAUGACAACGCACCCUAUAUUUUUCCUUAUUUCCUCAUUGGUGCAGCUCAGUGGUGGUCCUGCCUUUGUUGGGUAUAAAUAGAGUUUUUGUGUGACGGACAGAAUUGAUGGCUCAUGCAUGUGGUAAUGGCAUGGUUAAAAAAAAAUUGCGUUGCUUUUAUAGCGCUUCAUAACAAAGGUCUGAAAGCGCUUUACAAUAUUACCUCUGUUCAUGAGACCAUGAGACCUUUUUUUCUGCAGCACCUCGAGAUUGGUGCAAUCUAUUUACCCUUAUAGCACGGCAGAUAGGUGAGGGGAUUGUUCCUUUGAUGGUACAUGUGUCCAAGCAUAGAAUUUGGCACACAGUCAGAGUAUGCCACGAGAAAGAUAUUUGGCUAUAGGG